UCCUUCAAUCAAUCGACAUCGCAGCAAAAUUUUGUCAAUUAACAACAGCUGUCCUCGAUUUUCUUCAAUUAAGUUAACAUUAUCUUUAAAAAAUCAUUAAUAUGUAGUGCCCAAACAAAUAACAGAUUAUCAUACAACCUUGUGUAAUGAGUGAAACAUACAAUUUGCGUAUUUAGAGCUUGCAGUUCUUAUAUAAAAAUGUCGAUUCCUCCACUCGUUUGCAGCACUCCACCACCUCUGGAACAAUGUGAGGAGGAUAAAGAUUGUGAAGAAUACGAUUUGCAGUAUAACUUAUCAUCAUAUGAAGAUGAUGAUUGCAAUGACUUCAAUUAUGAAAACUUUAAUUCUUUCAAUAACCUGCAACCUAUCUCUCCAGGGGCUACAGUAAAAAAUGAGUUAAUAAAUGAAGUUGCAGAUGAACAGAGUCUUUCAGAAAAUCUUAAAACUGCUGAAGUUGUAGCUGACAAUUAUGUUGAUAAAGAUAAAAAUAUAAAUGGAUUAAAUAAUGAGGAGGAAGUCAAUAUUGAAGAUUUGAAUUUGAAAAUGGACCGGGAAGAACCCCCUGACAUAAUUCUUGACCCUGAAGAAAACAGUGAAUGUGUCAGUAGUAAUAUUGAUGAUAAUGCAACAAGCACUCCAAACAGUUCAUGUGACAUUGAUGAUCAUAAUUGUACAGUCAGUAGCCCUGUUACAGAAAUUUUUAAUAACCUGACCAUUAUACAUGAUGUUGAAGAUAUUGUAACAACAAAAGAGGAGAUUGCUUCAAGUGAGAUUAAUAAGGACCAGAUAGCUAAUGAUAAUCAACAAGAUGUUAAAUAUUCUGAACAUGUAACCUGUGAGAGAGGAACCCAAGAUUUAGACAUAAUAUCUGAUAAAAUAAAAAAUUAUGAGGAGUUGGAUGAUGAUUUUGAUGACUUCCAAUUUAUAACUUCUAACAAAUCUGUAAAUAAUUCUGUCAAAGAUGUUUAUGUCGAUCAAGAAAGUCCAUGGGGUAAUGAAGAGUCAACCCAAUCUGAAUUUGGAACUUUCACUGCAAAUUUCGAAGAUAGUGCUAGUCAAUUGCAAUCACAGGUGGAAAAAAACAAUGACAGUAAUUACAACUCUAUCAUAUCUCAAGAAGAUGAUGAUGAUUUUGGCGAAUUUGAUGAUUUUAAAUCUUCAACCGCUGGAGUUAAAAGUGAUGUCAAAUCUGAAACAUUACCUCAACAAGUUCCAGUUCUUAAUUUACAGUCAUAUCCGGGGAAUGAGAAUCAAAUAAUGGAAAGUAUAAAUAAAGUUUUAACUUCCAUUUUCAAAGAAGAAGCUAUGGAAUCGGAAAGUAUGCUAGAAGCAAAACUUGAUUCAGUACUUAAUGAAACAUGGGGCCACUUAAUGGAAACAGAUGUGAGACAGCCAUAUAUAGUAAACUGGAACAAUUCAUUGGCCCAAAAAACCCUUUUGAAAGCUCUGUGCAUAGACUCAAGAAAUAUACUAUUUGGACCGAAAUGGAGUUACAAUAUGCCAAAAUAUGCAGCAAAUCUAACAACAGCGCCUCUUCAACCGCAAAAGCAAUCAUCAACUGCCAAUAAUCAGAGUGAAACAUCUACUGCCGAUAAAACGAUUCCUAAAACUGCUGCUUGGAGUGAUCCUUUUGAAACAAAUGGACAAGAAUCUUGCAGUAAUGAAGGUGAGAAUGCUGUCAUAGAACCAAGACCAACAGACUUAGAUGUAUUUGAAGCAGCUAUGUCAACGAAAAAAGAUAAGAUAUACUCAAGUACUAUAAGCGUGCAACCUAUACGACAGAUAAAUUUACCGGACACACAUAUUUUUACGCCAACAGAUUCAGAAACGCCCCGAUCAAAAACUAUCCACUAUGACAGCAGUCCUGUCUCUACUGUCCUCAUACCACAACCAAUCAUGGAUACAUUAAAAAUCGAGGACAAUAAUACUGUUACACAAUCUGUUGUUAAUGCUCCAAGCAGCACAGAUAUGGAUAAUGAUUAUUGGGAAUUCCAAGAUUUCAAAGCCACUCCUGUUGAAAUCAAUCCCCAGUCCAUAGAAAAGAAUAAUGUGCAUGAUAAUCCACUUCCUAAACAGAAUAUAACUUAUCAAACACAAUUACUACAGCCAAUAAAAUUAGAACCAAUAAUGCCAACAUUAAAUUGGCCUGAUCCUGGAGAAAUAAAGGAAACUUUUGAACAUUUCUCUGACUUUGUAUCCAAUUCCACAAAUAAUGUCGCAAAAUCAGUUACAUCCGAAGGAAAUGGCACAUUGACUAACGAAAUCGCUGUUAAUCCCAUGAGUGCAGAAAUGCAUUCAAAACAAGAAUCUACAAAUAGUAAUGGCAAUUUUGAUGACGAAUUCGAUACAUUCCAGUCUGCGCCAGUACCGCCGACGCAUAGCACUAAUUUCGAAUUUGACUUUAGUCAUGUUGAAAAUAAGGUAACAUCUGCGAAGGCUUGCGACAAUAACGUACAUGAAAAUAAAUCAGAAUUUAAGUGUGUUUUUCCAAGUAAUGACAAGCCUAAUAACAUAUCAUAUUCUAACUUUUCAGUACCCUUAGAAACUAUGUCCCAACCUGUAAAUAGUAGUAACUUAAAAGUUCCUUCACCUCCAGAAAUUAGUCUGGCUAAUACCACUAUUUUGCAACCUAGUAGUUUGUUGCAGCCAAUGCCUGUUACGAUAGGGCAAUCAUCUACAAUCUCAGGUGUUACAAUACAAGACCAACAGAAAUCUGGUCAAAUCUUGCACCCUUUAUCUUUGGAGAGCUAUUCAAAAAUAAAUUGGCCCAAUCCAGGUAUAAACUUACAAGAUUUAUCCCGUUUCAAUCCUGUCGAAACUCUUCCAUCUUUGAAAAGUGAAACAAGCGGAAACAGUAAAGGCGGAACUCCCAUCCAUAGUCAUAAACAAAUUGUAAAUAGUCAAGCAUCAGAUGAUGAUAUUUGGGGAGAAUUUGUAUCAAGUAAUCCAAAGCCAACACCAGCGACGCAAAGGAAAGCAGUCAUUGAAGACGACGAAUGGACGGAUUUUGUAUCCAGCUCUAAUGUGAAACCUCAGAAUGGUUUGAACACGAUCAGUUUUAAUGUUUACACAAAUUCAAACAUGCAAAAAUCUUCCAAUCAGAGCAAAAUUAUUAAAAACAAUCAAAUACCACUUGAUAUUCCCAGUCUGAACUAUAUUACACCUAAAACGGGCAAUCAAAAGUCUUAUAAUGAUAAGCAUUUCCAGAAUUUAUAACAGAUCUCUGUUUCCGUUCUUCUAAUAUAAAUCUGUACUUAAUUUAUAAAUUUGAAAAAGUAGGUAUAUUUGACUAUUUCAGAAGCUUUUGUUUUAUUAUUACUUUGUAUAUAUGUAUAUGUAGGUGGCGGUUUUAUUAUCACAGUUGCACCAUUAAGGAUUCUUAUGAUAUUUUUGUCAUAUAUUUUUAUGUACACUUGUUGUAAUUUAAGUCAAUGUCAUUAUUUGCAAAAAGAUAUAUUUUAAAGUCAAAUAGUGGUCCAAAUGCUAGCAUCCUACAUUUUUAUAGCAGUUUAUACAUGUCAUUCAAUAUGAAUAAUACGCGGGGUUCUUUUCUUGUGUUCUGCAAACAAACCAGGUUAUAAUAUAUUUUACUCAUGUACAUAUUUCUGAAACUGAUGAACAGAUUUUUGGCCUUAGAAGAACUAAGGUUUCUAGUUUGUUAUAUUGUCUAAAAACUAACUGUUUUGUUAAUAAAUGAUGUAACUGAAUGUAUAACUAAGCUAGUUUGUUCAUAUAUUUCUGUUUUUGGAUUUUAAAGCAAUUAUUAGAGCUUAGCUACAAUAAAGUAGCAUUCAUAAUAUAGAAGAGAAACUGCCUCAUCUAUACAAAUAUAUUCCAAUGUGUAAUUAGUCACCAAUAGCUAAAUAUUGUUAGUAAAAUCAAGUCUGAUGUAGGAUCCGUAGUAAAUCAGAGAUGUUUAAAAUUUGAUUUGUUUGUAUAUAGAUGUUCUAAACGAUUUAUAAAAUGUAAAUCAGCAAUUAAUGAGAAUUAUUUUGAAGCUGUUACUAUAGGUUGUUAUUUGUAUUAUUUGGCAAUAUUUUACUGUAGGUAUAUAAUGUUCAAUGUAUCUCUUUAUCAGUAUUUUAUUUCAUGUUUCUAUAUUUUUUAAAUUGUCGGUUGUUUUGUGUUCAUAUCCGAAAUUCAACACUUUGGCUUAGUGAUCUAAACUCAGUGGGUGCUUUACCAGAAUAACAAUGAAUUCAUUAUAAUGAAUGUUAAUCUUGGAUGUUAUUGUUAAACAUUUUUUAUUCUAGCAAUUGCUCAUUUAUUCUGUCUUUUUUAUUCAAGCGAUUGCUUGUUUUUUCUGUCUUAACUGUUUUACUUUAGAAUUUUUCAAUUACUUAUUUGAAUGAGAUAUGAUUGCCUACGCGAUUCACAUCACAAUAAAUCGCGAAUUUGAACACUCACGUAAUUUACGUUCUUUUCUAUGGUCUAUAUAUUCUUCUAAAAAAAUCUCUUAAUACAUAUACAUCCACACCGCGAAAGAAUUUCGGAUUUGAAGCACAACAAGUACAUGUCAAGGCCUUGGAGGUGGUUUGUGAAAAGUAUGUUGAAAUUAUAUUGUAUGUAUUAACAUUGUAAAUAUGAGAUAAACUAAUCUUAUCCUU